AUGGGAUUAAGAGAAUCACGGAGCCCUGGGGGCGCGGGUUGGGGCCGCCCUGGCGCGGGGAAGGUUGGGUCCAGCGCGCGGGUUGCUGGGAAGGGGGCGGAGCGCGGCUGCUCUGGAGCGUCUAGAGGGAGAAGGAGAGGCCGCGAUGGGCGGGUUCUUCGCAAGACCGCCAUGUUCACGGACGCCAAAGAGUCAAGCACAGUGUUCGAGCUGAAGCGCAUCGUCGAGGACAUCCUCAGGCGGCCGCUGGACGAGCAGCGAGCUGAACGCUCGCUUCUGGACGACGGUAAGACAUUGGGCGAGUGUGGCUUCACCAGCCAGACAGCAGGGCCUCAGGUCCCAGCAACUGUGGGACUAGCCUUCCGAGCAGAUGAAGCAUUUGUGGCCCUGCGCAUCGAGCCCUUCUCCAACCCACCCAAGCUGCCGCAUGUGAUGAAGCCGUAG